AAAUAGAAGAUUCCCAUAUCAGGAGGCGAUUGCCUUGUGACAGCUUAGUCCUUCAUCAUGGCUCUUGUUCUCAGGUUGUGCAUCUUCCUGACCCUGCUCUCUGGCUUGGGGACCUCUCACUUUUUGAUAAACCCUCUGAGGAACCUCAGGAAGCGGAGCCUCCCAGAUACGAUUGUCGAUGGCAUUGAGGUAUACAGCACCAAGAUCAACUGCAAAGUGACUUCCCGCUUCGCCCAUAAUGUGGUCACCACAAAGGCUGUCAACCGUGCAGAUACCGCCAAAGAAGUUUUCUUUGAUGUGGAGUUGCCCAAGACAGCUUUCAUCACCAACUUCACCCUGACGAUUGAUGGUGUCACCUAUCCUGGAAACGUGAAGGAAAAAGAAGUUGCCAAAAAGCAGUAUGAGAAAGCUGUGUCCCAGGGCAAGACUGCUGGCUUGGUUAAAGCCUCAGGAAGAAAGCUGGAGAAAUUCACUGUCUCUGUGAAUGUGGCUGCGGGCAGCGAAGUCACCUUUGAGUUGACCUAUGAGGAACUGUUGAAGCUGCACAAGGGAAAAUAUGAGAUGUACAUCAAGGUUCAGCCCAAGCAGCUGGUCAAUAACUUUGAGAUUGUGGCAGACAUCUAUGAGCCCCAAGGGAUCAAAGAGCUGAAUGCUGAUGUUUCAUUUAUCACCAAUGACCUGAUGAAUGUCCUCACAACAUCCUUCUCAGGAAAAAAGGGCCAUGUAUCCUUCAAGCCAACUUUUGAUCAGCAACGCUCAUGUCCAACUUGCUCCACUUCUCUCUUGAAUGGGGACUUCAUAAUAACGUAUGAUGUGAACAGAGAACAGCCUGGGAAUGUUCAGGUUGUCAAUGGCUACUUUGUGCACUUCUUUGCUCCCCAAAACCUCCCUGUAGUGCCCAAGAAUGUGGUCUUUGUCAUAGAUGUCAGUGGGUCCAUGUCUGGUCGAAAGUUGGUCCAGACAAAGGAGGCACUUUUAAAAAUCUUGAGUGAUGUGAAAAAAGAUGAUUUCCUGAAUUUUAUCCUGUUCAGUUCAGAUGUGAGAACUUGGAAGGAAAAUUUGGUCCCAGCCACUCCUGAGAACCUCAAGGCUGCAGAAGAAUUUGUCCACCAAAUUCAAGCCACAGGAGGAACCAACAUCAAUGACGGUCUUCUCAGGGGCAUUGAGAUGGUGAAUAAAGCUCGAGAGAUGGGAACUGUCCUUGACAGAAGUACAUCGAUAAUCAUCAUGCUGACAGAUGGGGAAGCCAAUGUUGGAGAAAGCAGAGUUGAAAAAAUCCAGGAGAAUGUGAGGAAUGCCAUUGGAGGCAAGUAUCCAUUAUAUAACCUUGGCUUCGGCUAUGAUGUCAACUAUAACUUCCUGGAAAGGAUGGCUCUGGAAAAUAAUGGGGUGGCCCGACGAAUCUAUGAGGACUCUGAUGCCAACUUGCAAAUGCAGGGUUUCUAUGAUGAAGUGGCCAAUCCAUUGCUCAUUGAUGUAGACUUGCAGUACCCGCAGAAUGCCAUCAGUGACAUCACUCAGAAUAACUACCGGCAUUUCUACGAAGGCUCUGAGAUUGUGGUGGCUGGGAAAUUGGUGGACUUCGAUACAAACAGCUUCAUUGCUGAUGUGAAGGGACAUGGUGCCUUAAAUGACCUGACCUUUACAGAAGAAGUGGACCUGAAGGAGAUGGAAAAAGCCCUUGAGGAGCAAGAAUACAUCUUCGGAGACUACAUUGAGAGACUCUGGGCCUACCUCACCAUCGAACAACUCCUAGAAAAGCGGAAGAAUGCUCAGGGGGAGGAGAAGGAGAACCUGACAGCUCAAGCUCUGGAUCUGUCUCUAAAGUACCACUUUGUGACACCACUGACAUCCAUGGUGGUCACCAAACCUGAAGACAAUGAAGAAGCAGAGGCCAUUGCAGACAAGCCUGGGGAAGAUGCAACCCAACUCAAUUACCAGCCUCCAUCCACACCCUAUUACUUUGUGGAUGGAGACCCACACUUUAUCAUUGAAGUGCCCCAGAAGGAAGACGCCCUCUGCUUCAACAUUGAUGAGAAGCCGGGGGUGGUGCUGAACCUGAUCCGGGACCCAGACACAGGGAUCACAGUUAAUGGAGAGAUUAUUGGAGAAAAGGAAGCCAGUUCAGAAACAAAGAAUAGAAAGACAUACUUUGGGAAACUUGGGAUCAUUGACCCACGAAUAGACUUGAAGAUCGAAGUGACAACACAGAAGAUCACCCUGUGGAGUGGAGGGAGAGGGAACAGCUUUACCUGGAUGGACUCAGUCAUUAUCACAGAAAAUAGUUUGUCAGUGACCAUCAACAGGAAGAAAAACAUGGUGAUCUCAAUUGGAGAUGGAGUCACCUUUGUGAUUGUCUUACACCCAAUGUGGAAGAAACAGGACUUCCUUGGACUAUACACAGUUGACAGUCACCGGAUGUCAACACAAACACAUGGACUACUGGGACAAUUCUUCCAUCCUUUUGACUUUGAAGUUUUUGAUGUCCGGCCAGGUUCUGACCCCAAGAAGCCUGAUGCUACAAUGAUAGUGAAAAAUAAUAAGCUGAUAGUUACCAGGGGCUCCCAGAAAGACUAUAGGAAGGACUCAAGCCAUGGUUCCAAGGUCUUCUGCUGGUUUGUCCAUGACAAUGGAUCUGGGCUGAUUGAUGGUGUCCACACUGACUAUAUUGUACCUGACCUAUUCUACUCCAGUCCAAGUCACUUCUAAUCAGGCAAACAGACAAAAGACUGGUUUCCAAGAGAGCAAUAAAGAGUGGCUUGAUCUUU